GAUUUUUAUUUGUUCUUCCUGUGGUGGUUGUUCCUGUUUUAACUAGGACCGUCGGGUAUCGCCGCCUUGAGGGACCGUUUUUGUCCCCUGUACAGAGCUGUAUGCUGCUCGGUCUUUGCCGUUGCCACCAUGAUGCCCGUCUUCAAAAGCAGCCGGAGGGAUUUCACUUUCGGGCCGUGGAAGCUCACCGCUGCUCGGACCCACAUCAUGAAGUCGGCAGAGGCCGAGAGACUAGCUGAAGAACUCCACAUGCCUUGUGUCCCAGAAAUGAUGUUUGGAGACAAUGUCUUAAGAAUUCAGCAUGAAUCUCACUUUGGAAUUGAGUUCAAUGCAGCUGAUGCUUUAAGAUGUGUAAAUAACUCUCAAGGCAUGGUUAAAGUUGCCUGUGCAGAAGAGUGGCAAGAAAGCAGAUCUGAGCCCGAACACACAAAGGACGUUGUUAAGCCGUACGACUGGACUUAUACAACAGACUAUAAAGGAACACUGUUGGGUGAUAUAUUAAAGCUAAAUGUUUCUGCCACAACAGAACAUAUAGACACAGAGAAACUAAAAGCCAGGGAACAGAUUAUGUUCUUUGAAGAAGUGCUAUUGUUUGAAGAUGAACUUCAUGAUCAUGGAGUCUCAAGCCUCAGUGUCAAAAUAAGGGUGAUGCCUUCAAGCUUCUUUGUGCUGCUGAGGUUUUUCCUGCGAGUUGAUGGUGUGCUUAUCAGGAUGAAUGACACAAGGCUCUACCAUGAGGCUGACAAAUGCUACAUGUUGCGGGAAUACACGUCGAGGGAAAGCAAAGUAUCAGGUUUAAUGCAUGUUUCUCAAGCCUUGUUCACGGAUCCUAAUGAGAUUGCUCAGUAUUUACCUGUGAAGGAGACAGUGUGUGAGAAGCUGGAAUUUCCAGAAAAUUUGAAUACUGAAUCGGCAGCACCACCAGAACACACUUAAGUGGAAUCUAAAUUGUUUGGACUUGAAACUGACUUUCUUCUGGAGAUUUUAUAGCCUCCUGGCCAUUAUCAUUGAAGAUGCCACUACUUGCUGGAUCAGAAUCUAUUUGUAUGUGUGACAAAUAUUUCUGUAGCCCUGGGGAGGGAAAAAAACUGCAAUGCUGACAUUUUCAGUGUUUUCAUUGUCUGUUUCAAAGUAAUGGAUCUAAUAGCACCAGUUCACAGCCGGUUUAUCUGAAAUUGGAAAGUAAACCCUCAAAUAAGGAGCAGUUAAGCAUGCUGGAUUUCAGGAAGGUUUGGAGGCCUUUUAAAAUGAGCCAUUCAUGAGUUCAGUCAGCUCUUAAGAACUUUGUUUUAACACAGUCUUUUGUUAUAGAAGGAUCCUAUUUUACAAUGUGCACAUUAUCCUCUUGAGGACAAGCUUUCUGAGGAAUCACUAAUGCCUAGUGUGAACCUUUAUUAUAUUGGAUGGCAUUUCUUCAUCAGUUGCUUGAGAUCUAGCUUUUUAAAUAAGAAAGGUGUGAGAGAUGCUGUUUGAUGCUCUCAAGAAGAAAUGUUCACAAAACUAGGAACACAACAAGGUUGCAUAAAUGUGGCAAGUAUUGGUUCACAUUUGGAUCCUAUACUGUCUGUUUUCUGCCAGUAUUGACUCUGUGGUUUUGAAGUGGGCUAGAUAUUGAUAGGAUAUUGCUCAUUUAAGUGGAUUGCACUAUAACACAUUCCUGAUAAGUCUAAAAUAUUUCCUCUGAUUUCCUCUAAAAUCCAGGAGUUUAUAUUGUUUACAGUGUUAGAAUAGGUAAAUUCAUCUGUUCCUUUUCAUAAAGGACUUUAAUGUUGGUAAUUGACUUCAUCUCAUCUAUAUAGGCAAGCAUGUUGGGCCUGCAUUAUAAAGUUUAACCUAAACACAUCCUAAUAUGAUUGCGAUGGUUGUGUAAUUGUGUUCCAACAUUAGAUGUAUUCAAAUGAGCAUAGCCUAUGAACCCUCCACUCUUGACUUUGCUUCUCCUGCUCUUCUUUCUAUGCUCUUCCAAUAAGUCAGCUUGCAAGAAGGUUAACAAACACCUUCUGCUUGGUUCUCAUUCAUUGCUGCAUAUAGCAGACUAAGCACUUCUCUUAUUUAUAUUUUACUUUUUCACAAGUGUGCAGUAAUUUUUCUCUCCCCCAUGUGGGGUGUGUGUGUCUAGAAAAUAAUUUAAGAUCAUGGCACUUGUGGAAAAAGCAGAAUUCAGGUUGAAGUUAUUUGUUUAUGGCAAUGGUCAUCUGUUCUGCCAUUAUGAUAGUUGAGUAAGGAAGAGGCUAAGAAACAGGCUAUUUUUUUCUUGUGCAACUGAGAACUCAGCUAGAUGAGGUGCCAGAAAAUCCAUGAGCAGGUCUCCCAUGGUUUUUAAAAAGCAGCUUGGCACCAUCUGGAUCAGCAUCUAAUCACUGGGAGGAGGGUUAACUGUUGCCUUGCCACUUGCAGCUUUCCCAAUGCAAGUUCAUUUUCCUCCCAGCUCAGCUGUCGCUUGCUCCUGUAGGAGAAGAUACCAUACUGUUUUCCACUGCAAGGCAAACAAAAGCUUUAGGGUGUGUGUGUGUGUAUUUGUCCAUAUGCAUGCAUGCAGUGGGGAUGUGCAUUGAGAAAACAGUCUGAGGGGUAGGCUUAACCUCCUCCCUCCAUUGUCUGAGCUGCCCUCCAAAAUUUAAAACUAUGCUAGAUCACAGAAGUAUUUCCCUAAUUCAAUUUGCAAUAUUCAGAAGACUGAAAUAAUCUGUGCCAUCUGAUUCUGUGUAUACUUAAACCCUGCAAGACUUGAUUCUGGGAAGACAUGAUUGCAGUGCAUUAAUCAUAGCUUACCUUAAAGCAGCAAGGAUAGGAGGUUCGCUUGCAAAUCAGUCAUUAAUUUAGUGACAUCUCUUGCUUUAAAGUAAAAUUUUAAAUGUAUUGACAGCAAUAUUUAUUAAGGGAAAAUUUAGAUGGUCAGACUGAAACCAUAUACCUUGGGAGCCCUUCAUACUUUGUAUUUUCUAGUCACAACUGUUCUUCUGUUCUCAUUCAUGAUAAUAUGCCAAAAUAGAACAACACUAAUGGUCUGUUGCCUGACUGCAGAGAGGAUGAAUUAGGCAUAGUUAAUUUCUGCAAAAAGGAUACAUGCUCAGUGAGAAAAAGACUGGCGCAAAAGUAAGCAAUUCUCAUGAAUAUGGGGGGGGGGAAUUAAUCCUAUGCUAUCCUUAUAUCUAGUGGUAGCCUAACUUUUAAGUCAAAAUUAGGUGGAGGAGUUUUGUAGUUAACAAACAUUGGAACUGGUGCCUUCCUUGCCUGCAUCUCUUGAUCCAACACCAUCAUACUGUUUGGUUGUAGCACAAUCAGGUGGAAAGAAAGAUGCAGCAAUGCCAACAUCAGGAUGAUUGGGGAGAGGAUGGAUUACUGUGUAUUGUAUGGACUCUUGGUUUCUGUGCAAUCAUAGAGAUAAAAUAUCCACUUGUCAGCUUCAGUUGGCAUACAUAUUGAUAUAUAACAUGGCAAAAAUGGAAGAGAAUAGGAAUCCUAGGUCCUUAAUUAUUGUGCAUAUUGUAUGAUAGACAGGAGAUUUCAUUCUCUCUUGUGUCUCUCUCUGGAACUUGUUCUGGUGUCCAAUUAAGUUCCAAUGGCAACUGGAUAUUAUCUAUAAACUCCUAGCAUAAAAUACAAUAAAAUGAAAGUUGUAUUGCCCAUUCAGUUCUUGGAGAAGCUGGUCACGAGCAGUAUUUGGAGAUUGUACCCUAAUCUGUGCAUUGAAAAGGCCUUUCUUACUGCUCUCUAGUCCACCUUGUGAUGCUUUAUACUGCUGAGCAUCUGUCACUAAAUAAAAAAUGUAUGCCACA